AUGUUAGGAAGGACGGUCCUAAAACGAAAUCUUGGUCAAAGUACAGUGGUUAUUCCAGUUUCUGAUCCUGCGUUGGUUUUAUCUCCAAACAACGUGGAUCCUCCAGAAAUGUUACUAAAACCAUCGCCACAGAUUCCUGCUGCUCCAUUAUCUGGGAAACAAUACGUCAACUUACUCGUACUAGGUCUUACGCAAUCGGGUAAAUCAUCGGUAUUAAAAUCAUUGUUGAACAUCCCAACCGACAGUAAUCCAUCUGGUCAAAGAAUUUUAUUUUCAUUACACAAAACAACGAUUGAUCACCUUGUUAUUCGAGCAUGCGAUUUUCAAGGUAUCAAUCAUUUGAAAAUUAAAUACGAAGAUAUAUUACAACAUUUAUUAAACAACGAAAUUUCUCAGCUGGAUCGCAUCAUCAUAUGUUUUAAAUACGAGGAAAAUAUUCAGCCUGAUACACACAUCUAUUUAUUUAUUCUGUUGAACUAUUUAAAACUAAUCGGACUGAAAGGUGAAAAUAUCAUUUUAGCACUUACGUUCUGUGACCACUUCAAAUCUCAAAACGAUAUUCAAGAGUAUGUAGAACAAAUGAAAAUAAAUCCGUUGGUUGGCGAGUUGUUUCAGUAUGCUACUAAAAUUAUACCAAUAAUAACAAAAGGGAAUUUUAAUUAUCGUCGGUGA